UAGUAACUGUACAAUAACUAUAAGAAGUGGUAAUAAGUACAAUGGUUAGAUCAACAUUAAUAUAUAGAUAUGAUGCACUUCCAUUAUGUGGAUCAGUAGAUGAUGAUAAUGAUUCUUCAUUAAUGGAUCAAAAGAAAAAGUGUAAGAUUAUAAUUAGUCGAAUUACUCCCAAUGCAGAACCUCAAGCAACCAUUGAAUCAGGUAAUUAUAAUAUUCAUUAUUUAAUUUCUAAUAGCAUUAUAUAUCUUUGUAUAAGUGAUAAAUCAUAUCCUAGAAAAUUAGCAUUCUCAUAUUUACUGGAAAUUAGUAGUGAAUUUCAAAAUUCUCAUGGUCAAGAUGCAUUAAGUAGUACUGCUAGACCUUAUGGAUUUAGUUCAUUUGAUAAUUUUCUUAGUAAAACUAAAAAGAUUUAUCAAGAUCAAAGAGCUCAAUCUAAUUUAGAUAAAUUAAAUAAUGAUUUAGCUGAUGUUAAAAAGGUUAUGACUAAAAAUAUUGAAGAUCUUUUAUAUAGAGGAGAUUCACUUGAUAAAAUGAGUGAUUUAUCAUCAAUCUUAAAGAAUGAUUCCUUAAAGUAUAAGAGAAGAGCUCAAAGAAUUAAUCUUGAAGCCUUGAUAAAACAAUAUAUACCUAUUGUAGGUGCUGGUUUAAUAUUUGUCUUCUUAAUAUGGUAUAUGUUUCUUAGAUAGUAAAAUAUAAUGUAUGCACAUAAUUUAUCUAUAUAUAAAGCGAAU